CGUUGGGUGGCCGCCAGCGGCGAAGUUGCCUGCAGAAGGGGCGGCAUGGAGUGCAAGCUGGAAGCCCACCGCAUCGUCAGCAUCUCGCUGGGCAAGAUGUACAGCGCGCGGGGCCAACGCGGCGGCGUGAAAUUGCACAAAAACCUCCUCGUGUCGCUUGUCCUGCGCAGCGCCCGGCAAGUCUACUUGAGCGAACUCGGUUGCUCCCCUUCGCCUCCUCUGGCGGCUGCUGCUGCUGCUCCCCCGUCGGCAGCCGCUGCGCCGAAUCCUCUCCGAGAAGGCGGGGAGGAAGGAGGGCGCCCGCCGCUGCCCUUCUUCUCUCCUCCUCGCGCCUUUCUGCCACCAGCCCGGGCGAUGUUGCCCUGUGAUCCCCGGACUUCUCCUUGGUGCCGGAAGCUUCCGUCGUCCGGCUGGGAAGUUCAGCGGUUGCCGCGCUGCUGCGGCUCCUGCUGCGGCUCCUCUUUCGCGAGCGAAGCUGGCAAACGGCCGGCCGAGGCGGCUCCUGCUCUAGACUGCUCCAGAAAGCGGAACGCUGCUCUGCAUCCCGAGGAAACGUCUCCCGGGACCUCCUCUCCGCUGAAAAAGAGCCGCAGGGAGAAAGAGGAGGAGGAGGAUGACAUGGAGACUGGCAACGUGGCCAACCUCAUCAGCAUCUUUGGCUCCAGUUUCUCGGGACUCCUCAGCAAAAAGUCCUGCGGGGGCAACAAUCCGCGGAGAAGGCGGCAAGAGAAAGAGGAGGAGGAGGAGGCAGGAGGGGGUGAGGCAGAGCCCGGGCAAAUCUGUUGCGACGAGUCGGUGCUGCGAAACCUCAACCCUUGGAGUACGGCGAUUGUGGCUUUCUGAACUUCUUCCUUCCUUCCCCAAACUGAUCCCGGGGGUCACAAUAACGGGACAGGUUUGAUUCAGACGCUGGAAGGGAGUGGGCGUCUGGAGCUCCGUCCGAUAGGAACGGGGGACAGGUCAGGCGCCGUCCCCCUUAAGGAGAACCUGUGUGUGGUGGUGGGACUCGAUCAGAGGAAUCCCCAGCUGCCCUUAGCACUUCUUUUCUGGAUGCCCUUGGUGGCUCGUGUCUCAUUCUGCAUGAAAGUAUUUCAGCUUCUUUCCACCUGUUCAGAAAUCCCCUUUUCCAAACCCCUUUUCUCUCCACCUCCAAACUUUUGGGAAGGUUAGAGUAGACCUCUUGUUAUCCUACCAUGCCGAGCAUGUUCUGUGAGUUGCAAAAGUCUUCAUUUGGGAUCCAAGAGGGGAAAGAGAGAGAGAGUUCUCACCCUGCUAUAAGGCUGUGUGGAUGAGGGGUGCUGCUGAGGUGGCUUAACAAAUCUAUGGUUUUGCAGUUCUCUGGGACUUUCUUCUGGUCUUUGUUAUAUAAAGGCCCUUGAAGGAAAAGUGGGUCUUGAUGGAUGUUUGUUCCCCUGGUUGUGUUUUGUAUGGAAAUGUAACUGCGUGUGUGACACGUAUUAAAAUAUUUUGACAUUGUUAACAUGA